GGGGCGACAGGCAUCGGGCCCCAGGCAGAGCGGCGGGCGCCGGACCCCCAGGCGGAGCGACAGGUCUCGGGCCCCAGGCGGAGCGGCGGGCGCCGGACCCCCAGGCGGAGCGACAGGUCUCGGGCCCCCAGGCGGAGCGGCGGGCACCGGACCCCCAGGGGGAGCGACAGGUCUCAGGCCCCCAGGCGGAGCGACAGGUCUCAGGCCCCCCAGGCGGAGCGACAGGUCUCAGGCCCCCCAGGCGGAGCGACAGGUCUCAGGCCCCCAGGCGGAGCGACAGGUCUCAGGCCCCCAGGCACGACAGUGGGCUCCGAGUCAACUGGCAUGACCGCGGGCACUGGGUCAGACAUUGGAUCGUCUGGCUGGACAGCGGGCAUCGGGUCACCAGGCAUCAGGUCAUUUGGCUCAACAGUGGGCACCGCGUCAUCUGGCAAGACAGUGGGCACCAAGUCACCAGGCACGACAGUGGGCUCUGAGUCAAUUGGCACGACAGCGGGCACCGGGUCAUCAGGUACCCGGAUUGUCUGGCUCGACAGCGGGCAUCGGGUCACCAGGCAUCAGGUCAUUUGGCUUGCCAGCGGGCACCGCGUCAUCUGGCAAGGCAGUGGGCACCGAGUCACCAGG